UUGGGCCUGGUUGGUAGCGGUUUUCGAGUUUCUCCCGACCCGGGAAGUGGCUGCCGGCAGCUCCAGUCGGCCUGGCUGGACCUGCGUUUGCGGCUUUGUCGGUGUGGCAGCCCGCCCGCUGGCACUGCGAGGAGACGUCCUUGAGGCCCGGCCGCUCGAACGGCAGAUGGCACCACUCUCGGGGGAGCCUGGGACCAGACUGGGCCUGACGGGCGGGCGGCAUCCGGCCUCUUCUUGGCCGUAGUGACGAUUGGUGUACUGGCGGGGCAUGCCCCUGUUCGGCGGUCCUGUCCGAGGUGCUCAGUGCUGGCCGCGCAGUUACAGUCACCGGGGCUCCGGACAGUGCCAGGCAGGGUGACUACGGGGGCCCCCUAGUUCGAGGAAUGCCGCGAGGCUGUGGGGCAAGCCCGGCGCCGGCAGCUCGCGGAGAGGACGGAAAAAGAGUCUGCGCGGUCCCUGAUUAGUUCACGCCCAGGCGUUGCUGUUCGUCAGCACCUUUUUUAAGUAACGGAGGAAAAUCUCCAUAAAUGCUCUUGACUAACUCACAGCCGUGGACGAACGGGUUGAGAGGUUGCAGAGUCCUCUGUAGGGACUCGCCCAAAGACUUAAAUGGUUUCUUUUUCUUGUGAGGGGAGUAGUCUUUUUGGUGCUGGUAUCUUUUAGUUUAUACCUUGUAGAUUUUUGGGAUUUGGUUAUGGUUAGGGAAAAUGUACCUUGGAGGUUCAAAAAUCUCACAAUUUCUGCGGUAGGAGGAGGUCGAUGUACUUUAUCUUAAUACUCGUUUGAAAUAUUUCAGGGUUUUGAGGACAUGCCUUCUUAGACUUGCUCUAGAAAAUUUAUAUAGGAAGCAUUUGUUUCUGAUUCAUACUGAAUAAUUGUGCAUAAUUCCAGCGUCUCACUAGGUAAAGAAUGUAUUUUUUGUUUGGUUACUUGUGAAUUUAUAUUCCUGUCCAUGCAGUAAAAGACCUUUUAUGAUUUAGAGAUAACCUAGCAAAGGCCUGGGCCGUACUUUGGGGAUAGACUGGAUUUUGCAGGCCUGCUUUCUUUUAGUGUCUUUCCGGAAUUUAUGGUAAGCUUGACAGUAAGGAAAAACAGGAAUUAGCAAAAUGAAGGUUAAGAAUAGUAAUAAUUAUUCAUAGAUUACAGCAUUAACAUAUGAAAACUGUUGUGUGUAUGGCACAACCAUUUCAAAAUAAAAUGAGUGUGUGUGUGUGUGUGUGUGUGUGUUUUCCUUCUGGCCUAGUUUCAUAAUAGCCACAUUAUAGAAUCUAUUUUGGUUGACUUAUAUGAAAUUGCUGAUAUUUGAAAUUUGACCGUUUCUUACCGUCAAAAAUAGAGGUUUUAUAUGGUUUCACUUAAUACUGUCUUUGUCAGAGAGCUUUGGAACUCCAGCUUCAUCCAAAUGUUAUAGAUGAAGAAGCAAGUGAAUGAAAAGAGAGAUGUGACUCACACAGUCAUACAGGUAGCAUAUAAUAGAGCUGGGUGUAGAAUCCGUAUUUCCUCAUUUUGAGUGCAGUUUUUUUUUUUUUUUUUUCCUCUCUAGGGUACUACGCUGAGAGCAGAAUGCUAGAUCCUGUUGGGUUUUAAAACGACUGCAAUAUAAACCAUGGCUCUUAGCCUUCAAAGAGACCAAACGCACACAUUAACUAAUUUGAGAACAAUGAUCCAAGGACCCUGUAGCUACAAUGUUGUCGAGACUUUUCCGGAUGCACGGCCUCUUUGUGGCUUCCCAUCCUUGGGAAGUGAUAGUGGGGACGGUGACACUAACCAUCUGUAUGAUGUCCAUGAACAUGUUUACUGGAAAUGAUAAGAUCUGUGGUUGGAAUUACGAGUGUCCAAAGUUUGAAGAGGAUGUUUUGAGCAGUGACAUUAUAAUACUGACAAUAACACGAUGCAUAGCAAUCCUGUAUAUUUAUUUCCAGUUCCAGAAUUUACGUCAGCUUGGAUCAAAAUAUAUUUUGGGUAUUGCUGGUCUCUUCACAAUUUUCUCAAGUUUCGUAUUUAGUACAGUUGUCAUUCAUUUCUUAGAUAAAGAAUUGACAGGCUUGAAUGAAGCUUUGCCCUUUUUCCUACUUUUGAUUGACCUUUCCAGAGCGAGUGCAUUAGCAAAGUUUGCCCUCAGUUCUAAUUCACAGGAUGAAGUAAGGGAAAAUAUUGCUCGUGGAAUGGCAAUUUUAGGUCCCACGUUCACCCUUGAUGCUCUUGUUGAAUGUCUUGUGAUUGGAGUGGGUACCAUGUCAGGGGUGCGCCAACUUGAAAUUAUGUGCUGUUUUGGCUGCAUGUCAGUUCUUGCCAACUACUUCGUGUUCAUGACUUUCUUUCCAGCUUGUGUGUCUUUGGUAUUAGAGCUUUCUCGGGAAAGCCGUGAGGGUCGUCCGAUUUGGCAGCUCAGCCAUUUUGCCCGAGUUUUAGAAGAAGAAGAAAAUAAACCAAAUCCUGUAACUCAGAGGGUCAAGAUGAUUAUGUCUCUAGGCUUGGUUCUUGUUCAUGCUCACAGUCGCUGGAUAGCUGAUCCUUCUCCUCAAAACAGUACAGCAGAAAACUCUAAGGUUUCAUUGGAAUUGGAUGAAAAUGUGUCCAAGAGAAUUGAACCAAAUGUUUCUCUCUGGCAAUUUUAUCUCUCUAAAAUGGUCAGCAUGGAUAUUGAACAAGUUAUUACUCUAAGUUUAGCUCUCCUUCUGGCUGUCAAGUACAUCUUCUUUGAACAAGCAGAGACAGAAUCUACACUGUCACUAAAAAAUCCUAUCACAUCUCCUGUAGUGAACCAAAAGAAAGUCCCAGACAAUUGUUGUAGACGUGAAUCUCCACUGGUCAGAAAUAACCAGAAAUUCCAUGCAACGGGGGAGGAGGCAGGGAUAAACCGAGAAAGAAAAGCUGAAGUUAUAAAACCCUUAGUUACAGAAACUGACACCUCAAACAGAGCUACAUUUGUGGUUGGUAACUCUUCCUUACUCGGUACUUCACCGAUACUGGAGACACAGGAACCUGAAAUUGAACUUCCCAGGGAGCCUCGGCCUAAUGAAGAAUGUCUGCAGAUACUUGAGAGUGCAGAGAAAGGUGCAAAAUUCCUUAGUGAUGCUGAGGUCAUCAGACUAGUCAAUGCUAAGCAUAUCCCGGCUUACAAAUUGGAAACUCUGAUGGAAACCCAUGAACGAGGUGUAUCUAUUCGCCGACAGAUACUUUCCGAAAAGCUUCCAGAGCCUUCCUCACUCCAGUAUCUACCUUACAGGGACUAUAAUUACUCCUUGGUGAUGGGAGCUUGUUGUGAAAAUGUUAUCGGAUAUAUGCCCAUCCCUGUUGGAGUGGCAGGACCUCUGUGCUUGGAUGGAAAAGAAUUUCACAUUCCAAUGGCAACAACAGAAGGUUGUCUUGUGGCCAGCACGAAUAGAGGCUGCAGAGCAAUAGGUCUUGGUGGAGGUGCCAGCAGCCGAGUCCUUGCCGAUGGGAUGACUCGUGGCCCAGUUGUGCGUCUUCCCCGUGCUUGUGACUCCGCAGAAGUGAAAGCCUGGCUUGACACAGCUGAAGGGUUCACAGUGAUGAAGGAGGCGUUUGACAGCACCAGCAGAUAUGCACGUCUACAGAAAAUUCAUACAAGUCUGGCUGGACGCAACCUUUAUAUUCGUUUCCAGUCGAGGACAGGUGAUGCCAUGGGGAUGAACAUGAUUUCAAAGGGUACAGAGAAAGCGCUUUCAAAACUUCACGAGCUUUUCCCUGACGUGCAGAUUCUGGCAGUUAGUGGCAACUACUGUACUGACAAGAAACCCGCUGCUAUAAAUUGGAUAGAGGGGAGAGGAAAGUCUGUUGUUUGUGAAGCUGUCAUUCCAGCCAAGGUGGUCAGAGAAGUAUUAAAGACUACUACAGAAGCUAUGAUUGAAGUAAACAUUAAUAAGAAUCUGGUGGGCUCUGCCAUGGCCGGGAGCAUAGGAGGCUACAAUGCGCAUGCGGCAAAUAUUGUAACUGCUAUCUACAUUGCUUGUGGACAGGAUGCAGCACAGAACGUUGGUAGCUCAAACUGUAUUACUUUAAUGGAAGCAAGUGGUCCCACAAAUGAAGAUUUGUAUAUCAGUUGCACCAUGCCAUCUAUAGAAAUAGGAACCGUGGGUGGUGGGACCAACCUACUACCUCAGCAAGCCUGUUUGCAGAUGUUAGGUGUUCAAGGAGCCUGCAGAGACAAUCCUGGGGAAAAUGCCCGGCAGCUUGCCAGAAUCGUUUGUGCUACAGUGAUGGCUGGGGAGUUGUCACUGAUGGCAGCAUUGGCAGCAGGACAUCUUGUCAAAAGUCACAUGAUUCACAACAGGUCAAAGAUAAAUUUACAAGACCUCCAAGGAACUUGCACAAAGAAAACAGCUUGAAUAGCCUGACACUUCUGAACUGAAACACAGGCCCUGGGUUCUAAAGGACUAACAUAAAAUCUGUGAAUUAAAAAGCUCAAUGCAGUAUCUUGUUGAGGAUGAAUAAAUGUGACCAGUGAGACGACUGGUUUUGGGCUGUUUCAGAGAGGUCUGAGGUCUUCCUUUCCAUGGCUAGUCCUCAGAUCCGAAAACAGUUUAGUGCUUUACAUGCUGUGUUCUUUGGAAAGAUCUCAAUAUGGAUAUUAUUAUGCUUCAAAAGCAUCACAGAUGGUAACCUACAGCUCACUUCUGAAAGAGAAUACAAGCUGGAAAAAAAGUGUCUUGGUGAAAUUCACGAAGUUCAUGGUGAUCAGUGUGAGAUUUUCCCCCUGGGCUGAAAAUGGAUUUUUAAAUUAUACUGUGGCUGAUUUUAUAGUUAAAUUAUUAAGUCUGGGUUAUAGAACUUUAAGAAAUAAGAACUAAGUUUAUUUUUUGUGAACUAAUACUUCAUUUGGUGCUGGUCUAUCUUGAUUUUUGGGGGUAGGUUUUAAACAUUAUUGUUUAGAAGGGGACCUGCUUUCUUCAAGAGAAGAUUACUCUUAUUCCCAAACUACAGAAUAAUGUGCUAAACAAUGUUAAAUAGUACUCUAGCAAGAAAACAAAAACUGCAUUUAUUGCUACAGGCUGUUUGUUCAGAGAGGUCUCUUGUUCAAAGGUAAAUGUUUGUCUAGAUUGGCUAUACCAUGUCUUUUCAGCAUAAGGCUUGAAGAAAUGUAGUGUUUUGUGCUCUUUACUAAAGAUACAGGAGCUCUUAAUGUACAAAAGGGUGAGUGUUUAUUGAGUACAAACAUGUCUGUGACCUCUCAGAACUCAAAGCAUGGAAAAUGCAAGUUUGAAAGAAAAUACCAAUUCUCUUAGCCAAUGGAAAUUUCUUAAAAGACCAUUUAGGUGAAAAAUCUAGAUAAUCGUUUUUUGUAAACAAUUGUAUCAAACCUGUAUAUGUUGUAAUAAAGCUUCUUAUGCAAGGAGUUUAUUGAAAGUAUUCAAGGGAUAAAUAAAAAUCAACUUGUAUACUGGUAAAAUACUCCAGUUUGGGCUGGAGAAGAUAGUGUUCUUUAAUGUUGUCCAGAAAACCCUGGCUUGCUUCUCAAGCCUAGUGAAAGGGAAGGUCUGCUUAGAGAGCCAGUGAAAAAGCCACAUGAGUGGCCCUGGAUGAGUGUACGUUGUUCCUGUGGCCAGGAGGUUGGUGACUGUGAAACAUUAACACAGGGCUCUUUGAUGGACCCAUAAAAGCUCAGCUUCCUCAGGGGGUCAGCAAAGUUGUUGAAUCUUAAUUUUUUUUUUUUUUUAAUGUAUAAGUUUUGUGUAAAUAAUAAAGAACUCCUUAUUUUGUAUUACAUCUGAUGUUUUAAAUGUUGGUCUUGGAAAGCUGAUGUCUCAUUAGGAGAUGGACUUUGUAAAACAUUCCAGUAAUACUCUUGGCAGCAUGGAGAGCCUCUGAGUAAUGGUGUCUGCAGUAUUGUUUCGGAAGAUUUACCUUUUCUGUUGUAUGGAAGGUUUAAAUUGCUUCUGUUGUGACUUUUCAGCCGGUGACUUCUUAUUUAUCUGAACUUUUCACGGAAGUGGCAGUGAAAAGUAUGUUGAAUGUUCAUUUUGGUGACUGUAACCAGUAUCAUCUUGCUAAAUUAAUGUUUUGUAUAAUUGCUAAAUUGUAUACAUUUUGUUAUAGAGCACAUUUUUCCAGUUCUAGUAAAUUACGAAAAGGAAGUUAAUACUGAUAAGUGUGAGUGGUCACCUUUUUUAUAUGGAGUAACCCUAGGCCUGAGGCCUGGAAGCUUGUAAAGAUUGGCUAGACUAGUGACCUGUAAUUCAUGUUAGGAGUCCUGUGACCAUUUAUCAUUCUCCAUUAUAGUCUCCAACUUUACAUUAAUGGUAAGUUGGUGUUAAAUACGCAUUAAAAUCAGUGGAUUUGAUUAGUUUUUCACAUAUACCUGUCACUACUUGUAUUCUCAAGUGGUGCUUACUGCCCUGUGCUUAUCUGGUUAUAACCUGCUGUGUGGGAUAAGACUGAGUUUAAAAUGACAAAUUAUCCCUUCCUCUUCCCUCUUAGUAUACCCUUUACAUCUUUUCUUCAGAGAUGACUGGUUACUACUUUACGUGGCCUGCUCCGUUAGUUGCAUGACUGUUUGAAAAGGAAUACUGCUUUUGAACCGGCAGCAUCCUUGGUGGGUCCCUAGGCUUUACAACCCAGUCAUUGUAGAAAAGACAGGAUGCUUUUUUGUUGUUUAUACUGAAAAUUUCCUCUGGAUAGUCUUAGGUCACAAAUACUAGGGCUGGGGGCUACUGGUUCUCAACUUCCAUUUGUUUGCAAGCCACAGAAACCAAUUCUGGCUAAUUAAGCAAAAUGGGAAUUUAUUAGCAGGCUAGGGUGAUUGGGAGAGGGUAGAGAAACAUGUUCUGGGAAGUGGUCAGAGCCAAGGCUGCUCCUGGGCAUCAGGAAGUAGGAAUUAUGGAAUCGACUUAUUUCCAACAGGAAUAAUUGGUUCUGAGCACACUCACUGAGAUUAUAUUUAAAAAGCCAAUCAUUUAUUAUUUCCUCAAGAUUUAUAGUCCUGGAAAAGAGUAGAAUUAUUGAAUGAAGUACUGUCCCAUGGCUAUACUGAGGUCCAAGAGGAAAGGAUAUGGUGGAGGAAAGAAUCUGGUGGCCCCAUAAGCUGCCAUAGUGGAAGGUGGGCCCUUAGAUUUUCAGCCAGACUACUUUUGGAUAUUGGGAAUGGGUAGGUUGGUUGGGAGGAAAAGGGAAUAAAGAUUGGGCAGUCAAAAAUAGCCAUUACAAGCAUGCAUAUAAACUACUGUAAUCGCUGAAUAGGAGAGGAGUUGGGGAUUUGUCGAGCUCAGUAUAGCUGAGAUUGGCCUCUUAGAAGAGCUGACUCCCAUUUACUUGCAAUUAUAGACCGCCCUUCUGCUGUAAAAGGUGUGUGAGGUUAAAAGGUGUGUGUGAGCCAUUAAGAACCAGGUACUAGAGAAUCAGUUUGAAUUUUUCGCCUAAAAUGACCUGUGAUCGCCCUGUAUGGUCAGCUGAACAAAGCAGCCUGGACAGAAGACAAUGAAGGCUUUUCAUUCCCCUUUCUGCUUGGGGUAUUUGAUGAGCAGUGAGAUGUGUGUGGCAAAACAUGAUUUUUUCCCAGGAGAGGAUACAGAAUUAAAUCUAAAGGGAACAUCUCACAUUGAAGGGUCUGAGCUCAAACGCGAGGACACAGAACAGUAAAACACAUUGAUUACCGAUCCAGAAGUACAGAAGGUUGAAGUGAAAGCAGUAAGUUCAUUGUAGAGAUUUUUUUUUUCCCCCA